AUGUUAUUUUCAUCACCAUUGUUCGUUGGUGCGAGGGGGAAGAUCGAUUAUCCAAAGGUGACCGUUUUCUCCGAGCUCAUCCCACUGGCCUCCAAAAAUCGAGUGAUAGCACGGAAAAAUCGAGCAGCUGGAUCUUCAUGCACGCAGGAGUUGCAAGCCCUUUUUGGAUGUUUAAAAAAAUGGGAAUUUGAUGACAAACCGUGUGCGAAACAACACACCACCUACAUGGAUUGCGUACACGAAUCGCAGAGAAUCGCUAAAGAGUAUCACGAGAAUGCGAAAAGGGGAACACUCGGAGAAGGUAAUAUGGCUGCUCACAAGACCUUUAUCAUCAAGCGAAAGCUGGCUAAAGCUGCCAAACAGAAUCGUCCUCUUCCUCAAUGGGCUCGAAUGAAGACUGGAAACAAGAUCAAAUACAACGCGAAGCGCAGAAACUGGAGACGCACCAAGCUGAAGUUG